AUGGAGAAGCUGGUCCCUGUGAGUCAGUACCUGCAAGUCCCUGUGAGUCAGUGUUUGCAGGUCCCUGUGAGUCAGUAUGUCACUGCGAGUCAGUACCUGCAGGUCCCUGUGAGUCAGUGUCUGCAGGUCCCUGUGAGUCAGUACCUGCAGGUCCCUGUGAGUCAGUAUGUCCCUUGUCUGCAGGUCCCUGUGAGUCAGUACCUGCAGGUCCCUGUGAGUCAGUAUGUCCCUGUGAGUCAGUACCCGCAGUAUCUGCAGGUCCCUGUGAGUCAGUAUCUGCAGGUCCCUGUGAGUCAGUAUCUACAGGUCCCUGUGAGUCAAUAUCUGCAGGUCCCUGUCCCUGUGAGUCAGUAUCUACAGGUCCCUGUGAGUCAAUAUCUGCAGGUCCCUGUGAGUCAGUAUGUCCCUGUGAGUCAGUAUCUGCAGGUCCCUGUGAGACAGUAUCUACAGGUCCCUGACCAUGUUAGGACCCUGUUAGGACCCUGUUGGGACCCUGUCGGGACCCUGUUAGGACCCUCUCGGGACCCUGUUGGGACCAUGUUGGGACCCUGUUGGGACCAUGUUAGGACCCUGUCGGGACCCUGUUGGGACCAUGUGAGGACCAUGUUAGGACCCUGUUGGGACCUUGUUGGGACCAUGUGA